AUGCAAAUAAGUUGUGGAAACGCUGUCAAUAAUCUACAGUCUUGGUUUGGUCUGCCUUGCUGGUAUUGGACUUCUCAGCUUGCGAUAGCUACCCCUAUAAACAAUAUUUAGAUUACUUGGAACCUCCAACCAAUUGGAUACGGAUUGAAACAAGCCAUCUGGUUAUAGGAUGUCCAUGUUCGUUCAAAUAGCGUUUAUCCUUUGCCUUUGGUGUGGGGGAUUGGUCACGAAUGCCCAGGACAAUGCCACUACUGGUGAUUCAACAUCAGUUAUGACAACACCUGGCCCAACACUAUCGACCCAAGGCACAGAAGCAGACGAUGAUGUCUCCAGGCUGGGCUUAAUUGUUGGUUGCGUUAUCGCCGGCGUAAUUGUUGUCAUUGUUUGUGUGGUGGUGUACGUUGUCUGCUGGAGACAGAGACAGAGACAGAGACAGUUGAACCAGAAUCAGAAUGCAAAAGUCGUAAGCGCAGUUUAUCUUUCUGCUGCUGCAGCUUCCUAUGAUAAUGAUUAUGAGGAAGAAACUUUAGAAAUACCUCCGAGAAAAGUCUCAAGCACAUCGACCCCACCCACAGUACCUCCGGAAAAAGUCCCAAGAAUAUCGACCACACCCACAGGAUCUCUGAGAAGUGUCUCAAGCACAUCGUCCUUAAGCACAGAGAAGGGGGUAUACCAUAUUUAUGAUGAUUUUGAGGUAGAAACUUUAGCAAUACCUCCGAGAAAAGUCCCAAGAAAACCGAACCCACCCACAGGUUUGGGUUAUGAGGCAGAUGAUCUAGAAAAACCACAUCUUACACACUCAGGUAGUCUUUCUGUUGCUGUCCCCCAUGGUGAUCGUCGUUGUGCAGCUUUCCAUGUACCUCCGAGAAAAGUCCCAAGAAUACCGAACCCACCCACAGUACCUCCGAGCGAAGUCUCAGGAAUAUUGAUCGUACGAUCAGGUGAUCGUCGUUGUGCAGCUUUCCAUGUACCUCCGAAAAAAGUCCCAAGAAUACCGACCCCACCCACAGGUGUUGAUUAUUAUGAGGAUGUUUAUUUUGAAAGUGGCUGGCAUCAUGAAGGUGUUAUAACCAUCGUGGGAGGUGCAGUAAAGUUAGACGACUUCAUACUCACGAUCGGAGCUGGAUGUUUGGCUGAGGAUACAGAAAUCACGCUGAAAAAUGGCGAACAACAUUUUGAUUUCACUUCACUGAAAGACUUAGUCCGUGAUACGCCACGCGUUGUCGAGUUUCUUCCAAAUGGCUUGAAAUUCCUGAAACCAGCAGAACUGACAAUCCGACCUAUGCGGGUAGAAGUCUUGGAUCUUGAACUGUUUGUUCUACAUGGUUAUCACAGCGACAUUUAUGAUAAAGUCGUUUGGGAGCUGUUGAGCAGCGGCAUUUCGGGAAUUAACGAGAAAAAGAUAGGAACCAUCAAUGUGGAAAUUUACGGAUUUUGUUUUUUCAGUUAUAUUUUAGCGAGGCGCGGGAGAUUAGCUCGAAUCUUAAGUCAUUUAAAUCACUCGUUUACCUGCCGUGCUUAUGUCCUGCAUCGCAGACGACCAGCGAACACAAUGGAUAUUGUGGUUGUUAUUGUAAGUGAAUUUGUUGAUGAUGGUGAGGAAGGAGACAUCAGACAGUUAAAGGAUCAUAUUGGAGAAGGCUACGAGAGAGGAGAGAAAGGAAGGUUGACGCGCGUCCACACAAAUCGUCGUCUUGUAAUGAGUUUAGUCAUUCUUGGUGUUGAAACCAACCCAUAUCGCUUCAAAAUCGACCGGUCUCAGCUGGAUUCUGUUGGUUUUUCCGUCAAUCAUUUCAGAGGAAUUGCAAGUGAACAACGAGAAAAUAAAACGGUAAAGAUUAGCGAGGCCUGUGAAGACGGUGAAUGUCUUUGGGAGCUUGAUGUUCAUGGGGCUGUACAGAUCGCGCAUGAAGACGUUUAUGGGCAGCCCGAGACCUCAGGAUCUCAACCACAAGGUGUUCAGAGGACGACAAAACUCACAGAUGAGGAAGUAGGUAAAAUGCGCCGUGAAGUUGGAAUAGACUGGGACGGACUUGGUGGGCUCAUGGAUAUCCCGUACGAGAAGCGUGAGGAAAUCAAACUGAACGUCGCCAAUUAUCCAAAAUUUUCUUCCAGAGCAGGCCAAAUAUUAACACAUUUCAACAAAAGCGAAGAUUUUUGUCGUCAUGCUGUUAGAAAAUGUCUGGAAGAGUUGGGGCGACACGAUGUCAAAGAAAAAAUGCUUCCCUUGGAUGACGAGACAGAAGGUGGAAGUGCGGAGAUAACAAAUUCUCAACCCGAAGACCCUGAAACCGACGAGUUACAAAACACUCCUCUCUCCCCUCGUGAAAUGUUCAGACUCAGCCAGCGCAUCGCUGUCCACUGGGACAGGCUUGCGAGUCUUAUAGGUAUAAAGAGUGCUGAACGAGAUGAGAUUAGAUACAACUAUUUUGUAUAUCAGGAUAACUGCGCUAAGGCUGAGAAGAUUUUGUCGAUUUUCAACCGCGGUGAAAACUUCUCGCGUAAGACGUUGGCUGACUUCUUGAAUGAAAUCGGUCAAGACGAGUGGGUUGAGCCAAUUUUAACAGGAAAGUGGAGAAUCUUGUGACAAACGGAUCAAAAUUUUUGAGGUGCUUGUAUGCACAAUCGGCUGUAUAAAUUUCCUAUAAUACUGUUUGGGUUGGACAGUUUUUUUUUACGGUAACGUAAUAGAUAGGUCAUAGAUAUCAUAUAGAUAAUAAUCAUAGCGUAGUUCUUAUCCUGAUACCUGAAAAGGUCCGUUAAUAUUCAAUUUUGUCCGAACCAAUUCGCACCUGAUAUUUGAAAUAAUAUUAUAGUUAUUGAUAUUGAUGAAGCAGUGUGACUUUAUAGUUCGUUCAGCUGCCAAUGGACAUUGAAACUCAGUCAACGGACUAUAAAACAUCCAUUUGUAGUGAAUUGGAUCGUGAUUUGACGGAUUAUUACAUUUGCUAGCUAUAUGAGAGCACUUCAAAACUUUAUAAAUUAUAUAGCUUUUUUAAUCCUAAUUGUUCA